GAAUAGGAUAAAUAAAAAUGGGGAACGCGCGAUCGCAGCAGCCAAGCAAGCCGCUGUGCUUCCUACAGCUCAUCCGACGCUCCUGGAAGAUGAUGUCGAGCGGUGACGAAGGCACAAAAGGAGCCGAUGAUAUCGAUGAUUGCGCGACUGAUCUUUCAACUACAUCUCGAUGCAGCGGAUGCAAAGGAUGUAUCUUCAGUCGUGAGCUUAACUUUGAUAGUGAAUCGGACAUGGCGCCGAACGCCGAGGAAGAUCUAUUGGUCACAAUGCCACGUGGUCCACAUUCUGGCAAGGAACGUUUAAGACCCCCGACAUACAACGCCGAAGACUAUGCAAUAGCCCUUCGAAGAUGGGGCCGUCGGGCCCUCGGAGGACAGCCGGACAACAGUCAAGGCACUCUGCCUUCGACCUGCACGAGCUCGAGCUCCGGCUACGCUUCCGGGAACGCCGGCGAAAUGACCUUAAGACAGUUCACCUCCGUCAGUGAGCUACUCAAUAAGCUCAAAGCUGAUCUACAUCUCGCCUUCCCCAGCUUCGUUCAGGAGUUUGCUUCGGCACCUGCGGAGGGUAUUUCCUUGCUGCUGGAAACGCUUCGAGGUAUUCAGCUGUCGCAGUCGACGCCACCUUCGGGUCAGACAGGACCCCGUCGACCUCGGGCUCGACGCGCUGCCCUCGACGAGUUGGGAUGUGUGGAGUGCUUAGGAGCAUGUGCCGAGCGCUGCCCCGACGCCGCUCGUAUUCUUGCACAAGCACAACCUGGACUCCUCGCUCUCGCCGUCUGCCUCACCAGUAGCCUCAACAGAUCGCGGGUUCUCGCACUCCAGUUACUGACGAGGGUGUGCCAGACGACCGGUGGUCAUGCAGCCGUUUCCGAAGCCGUGUCCACCCUGAGGUUGCGUUACGGCGAGGGCGGGAGAUUCCGCUUUCUUGCUGGCGCACUUCUUGCCUCCAAAGCUGCCCUCGCUCUUCGUGUUGCCGGUGUCUCCUUCCUCAAUGCCUUUCUCGCUUCAGCGCCGCGAGCCCAAACUAAACUCUACAUACAGGCGGAGGCAUGCGAAGCAGGACUAGAGCCGCGCGCGCUCCAAGAGUGGUUGAAAUACGCUGACGAUGAGGAGCCGCUGACGGAACUACUACGGGAGGAGGUACGUAAGUGGUCACGGCACUGCGUUGACGUGGACGCACUCCAAGGUCGAGCACGUCGAGCUGAGGAAACUUGCCGGCUCCUCAGCAAGAAGGUAUCUGCCCUUCAGAGACAGCUCCAGAAGAUUCAGCUCGAGCGCCUCAACGAGUACAACAGCGUCCCUCAGGUGAAAAAGCAAGAGAUUGGAGAUGCGACAAUGGCAGCUAACGCUAAGGACGAGGAGGUGCACGUGCACGCGAAAAUGGAAGUAGAGAAGAAGGUGUCGUCGAGUGCCGAGGACGAGGGCAUUAGCUUCUCGGAGAGGUCGAGCAGUCCCGAGGCUCAACCGGUAAGACCAUCAGUGGCUCAUGGCAUUGAUAACGAUCAAGAAACGACCAUCGACGACGUCAUCGAGGAAUUAAGAAUCAUCGUAAAAGACGCGGAGGAGGAGCUCCACGAUUGGAACAUCAUGCCAGACACAAGUUCCAAGAUGCAGACGGCAGAGUUUGGUAAAGCCUCGUCCACAAUAAAACUACCGGCCAAGGGGAAAAUCACACCACCCAGUAAAGCCCGAGAAUGCUUGAGGAACUCCGAGGAGAGCGCCAGGAUCGACCGAGGUCUUAAGUCCAAUGAUAGUUUAAAGAUCGUCGUACUCGGUCCUCAUCAACAGACUAGGGAUUUGAUUGCAAACGAAGAGGAGGACAAGGAAUCGGCUAUAAUACCGGCAAUAAUUCACCCACAACCGCCUCGACGAACGCCUCCUUAUAUCGUCGGAAAUUCACUAUACCUACAGCAGCAUCUCCUCCCGGCGACUUGCGACCUCGUAUUAGAUCAGGAGGCCGGCCACCACCGCGUGAUCGAGGUCUGCAUGGAUUCGGAGCAGGACGAUGAGCUUCUUCUCCUCGACGACGACGGCAGCGAUUCCCUGCUGAGCGCCUCUCGUCUCAACUAUCACGCGGCCAAACUCUCGGUCCGUAAUGAUCCCAGCAUUCAAAUCGAGGAGCCCUCGAAUGUCUUCGGACGUAGGCGUAGUCUUAGCGGCGGCGAGUUAAAAAUCGACUGCCUGGCCGAUUUCGAGAUAUCCGAGACGAUCCUCGACGAGAGAAUAGCGAAAAAACGGCCGGAUAGCCAAUACCACGGAAGUAAACAAUACAGUAAGUGCGGGGGCAAUACGGUACAGCGGCGGACCGAGAGGCGAAAAUAUUUGCGUCGCUGCCAAAGCCAAGACCACGUUGAUGAGGGGCCCAAGUCCCGAGGCGUGAUCGAGCAUAUCAGGAAGUUCGAGAGCCUGAACGGCUUCGAGGUGCGUAAAUGCUCACCGGAUGAUACGGUCUCGAGGCUCCGUAGAUCCGAGUCCUUCCACCAGACGCGGCUCAGCUCUAAGGAUAACGGUUCAUCGUCCCGAGGUGGCAGUGACAGCGGCCUCGCCUACGGCCUCCUUGACAGCGACUCAAAUUACGGUGGCAAACGGCCACGGUCGAUGACCAAAAGCCUCGAUAGGAUCGACGAGGGUUUGGAUGCGAUGAUCGAAAUUACAAACGGGCGUAGGGCCCAUUUGUGCAGGAGACUAUCAAACGAGGAGAGGAAUGAGCAGCGGCAGCAUCGGGCUCGGGAUCGGCACCGUGACGAGCAUCCUUACCGGGACUGCCACGAGGAGAUCGACAAUAAACGCUCCGAGGUGGCUGACGAUCGUAAAUAUACGUCAUUCCUCGAUAGCAGGCACAGGUCGAUGAGCGCGAGGAGGCAGCAACAAAACGAUUCAAGCAUCUUUGCUGGCAGGCCUCAUGAUGUCCUGGGCUUCGGUAAGAACCGCUUUAACGCAGGCAAAUACUCGGGCAUUAGUCAUUCCCAACUGCAACAGCAGCAGCAACAGCAUCAGCAGCAGCAGCAACAACAACAACAACAACAACAUCAACAUCAACAUCAACAACAACAUCAACAUAAACAUCAGCAACAAUUCCUCGCGAAAAGCACGCACAGACACAUGAAUGGAUCAUCAGCCCACAACAUACGCGCCAAGGUCACUGACAUGGUCUCUGGACUUUACUGAUACUGAUGAC